AUGACUUUUUGAUCCUCAGUUCAUCAAAAUUCGAGCCAAGAUCAAGAACAAGAUCGUUGGUUAACUGCUGGCCGAGGUGGGGAGACCCUUAAGCAGACCUUAUUCGUGACCCUACCAUGCUGACCCGGCUGGCCCGCGCUUUGACCUCCCCCUCUGUUAGGGAGGGAGUAAGAGGCGUACACAGAACCGCCCCUGCUGCCAGUGACGCCCUCUUUGUGCACCGGGACACAGCACAGAAUAACCCAGACACACCGUUUGAGUUCACAGCAGAAAACAAGAAGCGAGCCGAGGCCAUCAUGUCCAUUUACCCAGAUGGCCACAAGAAGGCCGCAGUGAUCCCGCUACUCGACCUGGCUCAGCGGCAGGUCGGAAACUGGCUUCCCAUCACAGCCAUGCAUACUGUAGCGAAGAUGCUCGAUAUGCCAAGAAUGAGAGUCUAUGAAGUGGCCACGUUCUACACGAUGUAUAUGAGGAACCCAGUUGGCAAAUACCACGUUCAGGUCUGCACCACCACCCCCUGCUGGCUGAGAGGUUCGGACCAAGUGAUGGCCAUGAUCAAAGACAAGUUGGGCCUUACUCCUGGCCACACAACCCCGGACGGCCUGUUUACCCUGUCGGAAGUGGAGUGCCUGGGUGCCUGUGUCAACGCCCCCAUGAUGCAAAUUAACGACGAUUAUUAUGAGGACCUAGGAGACUCGGACGUGUCAGAAAUUUUAGACUCCCUAGCUGCCGGAAGGACCCCCAAGGCCGGCCCAAGGAGUGGAAGGUUUGCUGCCGAGCCUGCUGGUGGCCUGACUACCCUCACUGGCCCCCCUCCUGGCCCUGGCUUUAGGGUGCGUGAUGACCUCUAAAUGACCCAGCCUGACCCCACUCACGAGGUCAGGUCAAGAAGGCAGUGACUCGAGAUGGCACCAGUGUAUAUACAGCAGAAAACGGCGACCUGACCUCUCCUAGUGCCGUUUUCUAUGGUUUCUGUGGCUUAGUGGGAAGAAAAUGUAAUCUUGUUGUAAUUUUGUGGAUUAAAUGCAGUUGUAAUUAUUAUUAUUA